AUGGAUUCCCCAAGUGCUUCUUCAGCAACACUAUCCAUUCAUUCGGAUGACAUGACCGAUACCGACAAGCUAAUCCAUCAUGAUCCGCCAGGUGUAUUCGAUGGGCCCAUUGAUUUUGCUGAAUAUGCUCAAUUCAAUAUCCCCGAAGAGUACCUCGAAGCAGUGCAAGAAAACUCACUCUCGCCAUCGAUGAGAGCAGCCUCUAAUGCUGACUGUCGCAUUUUAAAAGCUUUACUACAGAAAGGCUUCUUUUACUUUAUCAAAUAUCCAGACCGCAAUUCUCAUUCCGAUAACGAAUACCCUCAUCAUCACGAAUCAGAUCAUCGUCUUGCCCAUCCGUCAGAAUUCGGCUUCAGUGCACUUCGGUCAAACGGUCGCAAUGAGAUUGGCAUCACGACACCAUUGAUGGAAGCGCUACGAGCACGCCUACCCGAAAAUGUCAGAACACUCCUCAUUGCGGGGGCCAAUCCUGAUGGUGUACCAAUUCACAUCCUCGAAGCCCAUGCUGCUUUGUUCCUACGUUUUCGACCCAGCAUACACCCGCUCGAAUACGGUAGCAAAGAUGCUGCUACGAGAUCAGAGUAUCUGAGGCUCAUGGAUAUCUCUCAAAUAUCAAGCCUGACGAAAGAAGAGGUGGAUGAUCGACGUUGGGACGGUCUCGCACCUUUCUGGUGCGAGGAGAGGUUUACUCCCUCAAGCUUUUGGAAACAUGGCGCAUCGAUGCAUUCUCUCGUGGAAGCUGCAGGUCUGGGUGACGUUGAAGACUUCAACUUGCUAUUGGAAUAUGGGGCCGAUGCGAGUUUCUGGAUGACACCUCAUCUAUUUGUUCCUGAACCACCAUCUUCGAGCUCACUCUGCAUAUCGACGCCAAUCCAUGCAGCGAUUGAACAUGGCAAGCAUAGCAUGCUCCGUCAUAUCCUUGAUCUAGGUUUUGAUCCCAAUACAAUGGCACUUGCAAACCCGACAAGGUGCGUGACCCCUCUCAUGGCUACCCUCCUGCAUCAUGAUAGAUUUGAUAAAGAGUCAUUUGAUAUGCUCUCCAUGCAGCCAAAUAUCAAUUUCGAAAUUCGCACUCCAAUCUACGGAGUCCACCUUCUACAUUUUGCUGUUGCAAAAUUAAACUUUACGAUGUUAAGGCAUGUCGUAUCAUUCGUUCCACUGAGGAACGCAGGUACCACGGCUAUAGGUCAUACGUUGCUGCACGUCGCGUGUAUGCCUUCGAGAAAUGUGCAAAUUCAAAGACGAUCUGAUAUAAUCAUGAGAAGUAUUCAUGAAACACGAGACACUCGCGCGGAAAAUGACAUCAAUGCCGUUCCAGCUGUUGAUAGCAACGCCCUGCCACAUCCUAUAGAUCUCUACACUCAAAGUUCGAUCAUGAAGUAUCUGUGGAACAACGGUGUGCAAGAUAUUGAUAGCAAAGACGUUCACGGUAAUACGGCACUACAUUAUUUGGCAGGUUGCCGAGCCGUAAACCACCUCUUGUUUGAAUGGUUCCUCAAGAUAGAGGAUGUUGAGGAUGUUUGGUAUCACAGUGAGAACGACCAAAUGGCUACUCCAGCAGAUCUCCUUGAUGCGAAUGAACGAGUUUCAUCGAAUUCUUCUCGGUCGUAUCCUAUUACCACACUUGACCGGCAAUGGUCCGCCUCAAGGGCUGCGAGGAAAGAGGAAAUCUGGGACGAGCUCCUUGAUGGAUUACGUUGA